CCCGAAACCUAGUUAGGUUCUUUUUAUUUCCCCUCAAAACCCCUCCAAUCUCAGCCUCCCACCCGACGAGGACCUCCCCACGAUCCAAAACCUAGUUAGGUUCUUUUUAUUUCCCCUCAAAACCCCUCCAAUCUCAGCCUCCCACCCGACGAGGACCUCCCCACGACCCAAAACCUCCCCUCUCAAAAAUUUCAAUUGACCUCCGAUCUCACCUCGAUCAAGACCUUGAGACCUUCGCUUUCCCUUAUAAUAACAGAUUUGGGUGUCUCUGGUCUUUCCAAUUCGUGCAAUUGUGGUUGCGUCUCUCCCCUUUCCGAUUUCUGGCAAUUGCAUGUGCUGAUCGCCUCACCCCCACUAAGUUAUUUGUGGCAACUUGUUCCCCUGCUCGGGAUACUAGUGUUGGUUACACUGCUUGGGGUCACUCAACACUUGUCGGACCUAUUUGGAAGGCGAAACUGACAGUAAAAUUCGGGCCAUUGAAGAACUAGAAGAGCUCAGAGUGAAGAGAGCUGAUAAACAGUGAGAAGAUGUACCGUAACAAAGCGGCUAUCGUUCAAAGUUCUACUUCUGGUAAUGCACCAAGUAAUCAAUCACAUGCAGAAUUAUUGAAAAAGAAACGUUCUCAUGCAACAACUAGUUAUCUGCCAUACGUGAAUUCUACAGGGAAUGGAUCCGGUUCUAAUACGAGUACAAAACGUACUCGUCUGCAAACUUCCAAUCAAGAAUGCCAAAAUUCUGUAGCAGAUGGACUGAAUUCUAGUAGUACUGUUGUCACCACAGAACGAACUACUACUGGGAUUAGAGUUAGUGCACGUCUUCAGCAACAAAGUGUUAAUGAUCAGCCAGUGGUAAACACCAUAGCUGAAGAGCGAGAUGAUAAUUUGAUGUCAGAUAUUAAUCAGGAGCAUCCUCCAGGUACAACCAAAAAGGUGCGAGGGAAGACAAGAGGAGUGAAUGCAGAUAAGGUGUUCUUCCAAUUGAAUUCUAAAAUACUUGUGACUCUGACUGAAGAAAAUGACAGACCUACGGGGCCUUAUGCUGAGAUGUUUGCAAAUGAAAUUGGUUACACAAUUCGAAACUACGCCCCACUGAAUGUGGAAAAAUGGAAGAAGAUUGAAAAAGCAGAUGUGGAGAACUUGAUCAAAAGAAUGCAGAUUCGCUCAGAGAAGAAUGUUCUUAAUAGGUCAAAGUUGACAUAUCACCACAAAGCUGGGUCAAAAUCAUUUAUGUCACACCAAGAGCAAAUUGCAACACAGACUGGAGAGAUGCAAGGUGCAAUUGAUCGUUUUGAAACAAAGUAUAGAAGUACAAAAAAAGGAUGGGACUUGGGAGCAAAGAAAAAAUGGGAUCAAAUGAUAAAGAUGCGAGCAGAUACCACUCAACCUGAUGGAACUCGAAUAAUGACAGAUGAGAAAAUUUGUGCAAAAGUUCUCAAAGUCAAAUCAGACUACAUUAAGGGUUGUGGUUUUGACCCUAGACCACCACCAUUAAGGUUCUCUCGUACUUCAAUGAGUGAAAUGUCUGAAAAGAAUAAAGAGUUGCAAGAACAGCUUCAAGAGACCCAACAACUUGUAGGAACUCAACAACAGAAGAUCGAUGCGUAAAAUGAGAUAAUCCAAAGAUUGGAGGAGCAAGCCAAAAAGUUUGAGGAGUUUAUGACUAAUUUUUCGAGGCAACAUCCAUCAGCUUAGUAUUCUUAGUGAACUUAAACUUGGAGAAAUGUUUUUUGAUCCUGUUGCAUUUGUUAUUACUUUAGACUAGCAUUGUUACUUAUGGUAGUACCUUUCUUGCUUUAUUUAUUUUAAUUGUUUUGAUGUACUGUGGUGACAAUUGAUGAUAAUUAUUUAUAUUUUGUGUUUUUCUCGUAA